GCCACUGUAGUCUGUCCUCCCCCAGCAGCAGCAGCAGCACUGACAGAUCCUGCUACCGGCUCAGUUUAUAAUGCUUUAUGACACGAUCACUUUAUGCAAGAGGAAUAAUGAGGAGAGGGAGGAACCCUAAAUCUUACCUGCUGGAUUAGAUGAGCUACAGAAAAUACUAGACCUGCAGUGUCAAUGGAUGCCAGAGACAAGCAGGUUCUGCGUUCCCUGCGGCUGGUGCUCUGCUCAGAGGUGCUGGUGGAGGGGCUCAUCAUUCAGUACCUCUACCAGGAAGGCAUUCUAACCGAAAACCACCUUCAAGAAAUAAAGUCCCAAGCCACCAAUCACAGAAAAACCAUGAUGCUUCUAGAUAUCCUUCCUACCAGAGGACCCAAGGCCUUUCAGACUUUCUUAGAUUCCUUACAGGAGUUUCCAUGGGUGAGAGACAACUUGGAGAGAAAACGUAAGGAAAUGAUGGCAGAGGAUCCUGUAGAUGACGGGUUAACUGGAAUUCCACCAGACGUUUUGAAGAACCCACCAACAGAUCAGCAGAUUAACAAACUUGCCAGGAGUCUGGGGCCUGAGUGGGAGCAUAUUGUACUGUAUCUGGGUUUGUCACAGAAUGACAUCUACAGAUGUAAAGUCAAUCACCCUCACAAUGUGCAGUCACAGAUUGUGGCUGCAUUUGUCCUUUGGAGACAGCGUUUUGGAAUCAAAGCAACAAUCCAAAGUCUGCACACCAAUCUGAUGGCCGGAGAAGUGGAUCCUUCUGUGAUCCAGCAUAUGCUUGAGUGAAGUCUUGUUAUCGAUUGGUGGCUCUUGAGUUUUUUGCUAAAUGAAAUACAUUGGAUUCACUGAAUCACUUAUCAGUGUUCUGAUGUCUCUUAAUUAGAAAGCAAGGAAAUGGCAGACAAGCAGCUUGGUAAUUUUAUUACUCUGUGUUUCCUUGUAGCUUUCAGUUCUCUGUGGGAGGUUUUGACGUCUCUUAUAAUUACAUGUAUGCCAGAUUAUUUUUUAACAGGCUUUAAGAAAUUAUCGUUCUUUUUGUUCACUUUUAUACUUCUUCCAAAUGUUAUGUAGUUAAGAAGGCGUUGACGCUUAAAGUUUGCUAGAGUCUUUGCAAGCAGUGAGCCACAUCCUGAGAGGUGCUGAGCUAAUAGUAAUGGGAGGUUGUUGGGCUCAGCAUUUCCCUUAGGACUUUGCCCAUUGUUAUUGUAUUAUGUAAGAAUACUCUAAGGCAGGAGUAGGCAAACUACGGCCUGAUCCGGCCUGCCAGCCGUUUUAAUCCGGCCCUCGAGCUCCUGCUGGGGAGUGGGGUCUGGGACUUGUCCCAGUCCAGCACUCCAGUUGUGGAGCAGGGUUGGGGGCCGCUCUGUGCGGCUCCCAGAAGCAGCGGUAUGGCCUCCCUCCGGCUCCUACACGUAGGGGCAGCCAGGUGGCUCCACUCUGCACACUGCCUCCGCACCAAGUGUCACCCCCCGCAGCUCCCAUUGGCCGGGAACUACAGCCAAUGGGAGCAAUAGGGAGGAGAGGGCCAUCUGAACAGUCUGCUGGCUGCCCAGUUUGCCAUGGUUUUCUGGACUCCUGGUACCUGACAGUAUGGUUUGGUAGAAUCAGCUCAUUCAGGCCCAGAAGCAAUCUGCUGGUAUUUUAUUUUUAGUCUUCUAUAAUAUAGUCCUGACCUUCAGCCAUUCAUGAUCCUGUUACACCUCACUUGCAUCUUAAUUAAUUAUAUCCUAUGAUGGUGUAUUAAAGCGUAAUUCUAUCAACAAGUCCCAAAUAAACAA